CAGAUGAACGAUUCAGGCCUCGCAUAAAAGCGCCUAGUAGCCACGUGCGAGUAGAAUGGGAUUCGGACCUUUUAUUUCCAUUUUAUUUUCUUCUUGGAGAGAAGACCGAAGCCCUCAAGACUCCCUCCCAUGGCGUACGUCGAAAAAGGUGUUGUGAAAUCCAAACGAUCACUAUGGCGAUUGAGCACAAUUACUGACUUCUUCUGGGCCAUAGUAAACUUCAUUGGCGUGUUCUUUGCAACAAUGUUCUCGGUGGAAAAAUCUGAUGCUUACAAGAGAAGCUCAGGUUCAAGCAAGAAGUGGGAUGGCGGUCCAGGAGGUGGUGGUCCUGGUGGUCCAUAUGGUGGUGGGCCCCGUGGGCCAGCUCGUGGACUCGACAAUGUCCGAGGGAUUGACCACAGUUCUCUUCCUGCAUGUGGCUCUUGCUGUGGAGGCUAAAAUUUGAGCAAAGGUACUCUUCUUGGAUGGUCGGAAAUGUUCUCAUGUCUGGUCUUGCGUCUUAAAUAUUCACUUUGGAGAAGUAUGGACUGAAUGUUGGUUACUUUUUCUGCCAGUAUGCAGCAUAUAUAGCUGGUUGCUGUAACUCCAAUGUAGUGCAUUCAAACAGUACUUUGCUUUCUCGUUCGUUAAUUAAAACAUACCACCUGAAUCGUCUCUGGAAAUAUAAAUAAAUCCUUUCCUAAUA